CUAUCUUGAGCUGCUGAGUUUCUCUCAACUCUAGGGCCAACCAAAAAUGGCCAAAGAUUCCGAGAAGAGGUUCAACUCCGUCAUGGACAAGCUCUUCUACGCUCCCAAACCUCCGCCGGCCUCCACCUCCAGUUCAACAAGUCUAGAAGCAUCGAGAGGGAAGAAGAGAGCGCAUCCGUCGUCUGCAUUGGCGGACCUGAAAUCGAGAGGUGUUAGGGAGCCGGGGUUUCGGCAUUGGUCAGCUCCGGCUUCACCGUCUCAGCCUCCGGUGUGUAGGCCGUGGGACCGGGGUGAUCUGAUGAGGAGAGUAGCUACAUUUAAGUCCAUGACUUGGUUUGCGAAGCCGAAGGUGGUAAGUGCUCUAAAUUGUGCCAGGAGAGGUUGGGUCAACAUAGAUGUGGAUAUUAUAGCCUGUGAAUCAUGUGGGGCACGCCUCCUGUUUUCUACCCCGUCAUCUUGGAAUCAGCAGCAAGUUGAGAAGGCAGCUUUGGUAUUUAGUUUAAAGCUGGACAACGGACAUAAAAUGCUUUGUCCAUGGAUUGACAAUGCCUGUGAUGAAAUGCUGGCGGAGUUCCCACCUACACUACCUCCAGUUUUAGUGGAUAAAUUUAGAGAGCGAUGCUCUGUGAUUUUGCAACUUCCAAUUCUUCCGGUGAUUUCUUCUUCAGCCAUUGAGUACAUGAAAAGCCCUCAGCUUGAUCAGUUUCUUGAACAGUCCUCAAUAUUUUUUGGCAACGGGUCUGCUGAGAUUUCUAGAAUAGAACAGUCUGAUGAUGAAGGGAGUGCAGAGUCGGCUAAGUUGUACUAUCAGGCACAGAAGAUUAUAAGCUUAUGCGGUUGGGAACCUCGCUCACUACCUUAUACUGUUGAUUAUGGGAAAAGGUUGAAUCAGUCUACAGCAAAGGCAAAUGGUUUGAGUUCAUCUCAUUUAGCUGCUAACAGCCAUUAUCCUAUCAUCAAUGUUCAAUCUGGUAGUAAUUAUAACCUAAUUGAGGCAAAUGAAAAUUUCAGCAGUUCUAGUGCUCUACAGUCUGAGUCCAAUUCUGUGGUUUUAGAUUGCAAGCUUUGUGGAGCUAGUGUAGGCUUAUGGGCUUUCACUACUGUUCCACGGCCUGUUGAGUUGUUCCAUUUAGUUGGAUAUGCAGAAGCGAAUUCUGAAACUCAUCCUGGAACCCAUGAUUCAACCAUUCAAAGUUGUCUUGGCAAAAUGAGAGAUGUAACAUCUUCAAAGGAUAAAUUUUCAAAUUUAAAUAUGACAAUUGCUGGGGGUCCUACACCAACAAAACAGAACUUCAAAGCAAAGAUUUCCUUACCUGUUAUUGGCCAGAAUUUAAGAGCUCAGUUUUCAUAUAAUUCUGAAUUCAGAGAAUGUUUACUUGUUAACCAAGAGGACAUGCAAUCUGGAUCCCAAGAAGAGAACUUGCUUCAGGGAGGAGAAUGCUCCCAUGAAAAUGCAGCAAAUGGUGGAUUGGAGAAUUCAGAAGUCAGGGAGCCUGGUCCCCCUACAGGCCCAGAUGCCAGUAACACGUAUAAAGGUGGUGAAGACAACAAUAAUUCACCGGUGAUGGCUUCUAUUAGCGGAAAUUUGUUAGACUCUGGAACAGAUGAGGAGCACAGGCAGAUUCAAGAGUCUCCAUGUGCUCCAUCUAGCUUGGAAGCCAGUGCAGUUGCCCAUGGCACCUCGAACCAUGAAGGUAGUGGAGAGAAACUGCAGACUCCUGUAAACAAGGAACUUGUGGCCUGCAUUAGUGGGAAAGAUCUUAAGCAUGCAUCACCAGGUGGCAUGAUAGAGUUUGAUUCUAUUAAGCAGCACAGACAUUUCUGCCCCUGGAUUGCAUCAGCAGGUAAUGGAGCACCUGGAUGGAAACAAACGCUGUCAGCUUUACAACGUCAAGAAGUGUGUUCUCCUUUACCUGCAUCCAUAAUCAAGGUCGAUGACCCCAUUACUUCGAUAAGAAAUCUUUUCAUGUCUCCAUCUCCAAAAAGAAUGAAGCCCACAAUUUUAACAACCCGGAGUCCUCAACAAUAGCUGAUUGAUUAUUUUGCUGCUGGGAAAAGGGUCCCAAAGCAGGUCCUGAAGUGUUGUGAUUACGGUGUUGAAGUGGAUUGUAGACACUCCAUUUGAAAGCUUUAAAGUUGUACGAGGUUAGAACUUUGACUUUGAAGACAUCAACUGUAGCACUCACCUGGUUGCUUUAGCAACUUACGACUUGAAAAAACAUGGUAUUUAUGUUUUUGAGAGAUACAGGGUUAUAUCAUCUGAAAGCGUCUUCUAACAAAAAAUGUGGAACAAGAGAAAGGCUGGGAAGAGUUCUUUUACUGCAUCAGGCCACAGUUUGUGACAAGUACCUUGGCGUAAGGGCGGUUAAAUCCUCUUUCUGCCACAACAGCUCUCUUAUCUCCAAUCAACUUGGCCACCCUGCCAACAAAACAGCAACCUUGUUAGUGUACAUUUCCACAAUUCUAGGAGGAUUAUAUGAAGCUGCAGAUGAUUUUGUUCUAUGUGAUUGUACUGUGCUUCGUUAAUUCCUCUACUUGUAUUUAAAGGUCGUAAUACACUUGAUUUUGAUCACUCGUCACGAGUGUGUUAUGUGUACGCGGAGAACGGAAUUGACAUUUUUUCACAGGAGUUCCCGUAUUAAGGAGUAUUGUUAUUA